CCUCAAGCCCAACGGGGACAGCACCCCACCCCCAUGAGAGUGCGUAGACCUCCCAGCCUGCCCCAGGCGAUGCUCACAUUUUCCAGUGUUUAGAUUUUAUCCACUUUAUUAAUGAGGCAGGCAAGAGGCCCGGGUGAGGGUGUGGGGGUUUGCUUCUGCCCUGAUGAGAGGAGGGGGUCACAGACACCAGACCAAUUCAGAGAACCUCAGUCCCUGGCAGGAAGAAGCUGAUCCCAAGUGGCCCUGACCAUUGCCAGCAGCAGAGGUUUCUCCCACUCAAGGCUCCCAGCCCUAGCGGGCAGACAUGCAUAGGGUGGAGCGGCCCUGGAGGCCAGUGGGGUGCGGGUGGAGGCGGCACAGAGCCGAGGAGCCGCCCCAGGAAGAGGGAGCGGCCUGCCGGGAGCCAGGGAGCAGCUGGCGCGGGCAGCAGGAUCCUAGUUCCGGGCCAUGGGGACCCUGCAUCCUGAGCAGCACUGGGUAAGGAGUUGGGACUUGAGGGUCCACAGGCAGGGAAAAGGAAAGCAUUAAAGAUGGGCUAUGGCCAUCCUGGGCUCACUGUGUUCAUGGCUCUCAGCCCAAGGCUGGCUGCCUAUCCCUUAGGUCUGCUUUAGCCCUCUCAACUAGAAAACGAAGAACGAGCCAGAGGCUGGUUCACGUAGGAGUAUGGGGUGGGCAUCUGAAUGAGGCAAUGACAUACUGCGGAGAUUGCCAUGGAGACAGGUGUAACUCUGGCAACAGACAUGGGACUCUGGGGAGAGAGGUGGGUCCUUGGAGUCCAAGAGCACCGAAGAGAUCAGAGAUAGGUCCAUGGAAGCAGGGGUCUGAGGACAGACCAUGGAGGCAAGAGGAUGCACUACAGGGAUAGCAACCUUGGGGCACAGAAAUUAGUCUUUAAGUACGGAGAUGGCUUGUUGGGGGAGAGAUGAAACUGGAGACCAACAGUGGUCUCUGGAGGCAGGGACAUUGGAAAAGACGGGCUAUAGUAAUGGAGCUGUUGGGACAUGGGACAUCAAGGGUAGGAUUAAAAGGUGACCAACAGCUGGUUAUGGUGGUGUGAACCUUUAAUCCCAGGACACAGGAGGCAUAGGUAGGGGGAAUCGCUUUAAGUUUAACGCCAGCAUAGUCUACACGGCCAGUUCUGGGGCCAGCCAAGGAGACUUACAAAAAAAGGAAGGGGUGGCAGACACGGUGAGGGUUGGAGUUGGGAUCAAAAGUGGGUCAGGAUCUAUUCCAUGGGGCCAUGGACCAGGAAUCUGAUGUGCUAGGAGGUGGGGGGUGGAGACAAGGACAGACACUGAGGACCUCUGCCACGUCUGUCUGUCUGUCGAUGUCGGGGCAGUGAGGUCAGGCACAAGAGAUGGAGCUGUGAAAGGUGAAGUGGGAUCUGAAAUGGAGCAGCCAGGGUCCUGUGGAGGUGCCCUGGGCACAGAGGCCACAUUGUUACAUGGAUCCUGGUGAUGGGUGGUGGGACACUAGCCUCACUGCACCCUCCUCUUAUCUACUUAGCCCUCUUGGCCACUGAUAUGAGCCCCUGCGGGCUUAACGCGAGCCUAGUGGACGAGGCAACGUGUGCAACACCCAGGGUCCCCAACACGUCUGCGGUGCUACCAGUAGGCGAUUCCGGCACAUCACCAGCGCUGCCUAUCUUCUCCAUGACCCUGGGUGCAGUGUCCAACGUGCUGGCGCUGGCGCUGCUGGCACAAGCUGCAGGUCGUCUGCGGCGCCGCCACUCAGCUGCCACCUUUUUGUUGUUCGUUGCCAGCCUGCUGGCCAUCGACCUGGCAGGCCAUGUGAUCCCGGGCGCGCUGGUGCUUCGCCUGUAUGCUGCGGGACGUUCACCUGCUGGCGGGGCCUGUCAUUUCUUGGGAGGCUGCAUGGUCUUCUUCGGCCUGUGCCCACUUUUGCUUGGCUGCGGCAUGGCCGUGGAGCGCUGCGUGGGUGUCACACAGCCGCUGCUCCACGCGGCGCGCGUGUCGGUGGCCCACGCACGCCUGGCACUGGCCACGCUGGCCGCCAUGGCUUUGGCUGUGGCGCUGCUGCCGCUAGCACAUGUGGGUCGCUACGAGCUACAGUACCCUGGCACCUGGUGUUUCAUUAGCCUUGGGCCUCCUGGAGGUUGGCGCCAGGCAUUGCUCGCCGGCCUCUUCGCCGGCCUCGGCCUGGCCGCGCUCCUCGCGGCACUUGUGUGCAAUACACUCAGCGGCCUGGCGCUCCUGCGAGCCCGCUGGAGGCGUCGCCGCUCUCGACGUCUCCGCGAGACCACAGGUCCCGAUGAUCGCCGGCGCUGGGGGUCCCGUGGACCCCGCUUGGCCUCCACCUCGUCUGCCUCUUCCAUCGCUUCAGCCUCCGCCACCCUCCGCAGCUCCCGGGGCGGCAGCUCGGCGCGCAGGGUUCGCGCACACGACGUGGAGAUGGUGGGCCAGCUCGUGGGCAUCAUGGUGGUGUCGUGCAUCUGCUGGAGCCCUCUGCUGGUGUUGGUGGUGUUGGCCGUCGGGGGCUGGAAUUCUAGCUCCCUGCAGCGGCCGCUCUUUCUGGCUGUGCGCCUCGCGUCGUGGAACCAGAUCCUGGACCCAUGGGUGUACAUCCUGCUGCGCCAGGCCGUGCUGCGCCAGCUGCUUCGCCUCCUACCCCUGAGGGCUGGUGCUAAGGAUGGCCCAACGGAGCUGGGCCUAACCAAGAGUGCCUGGGAAGCCAGUUCACUGCGUAGCUCCAGGCACAGUGGCUUCAGCCACCUCUGAACGUGCCCAGAAGCUAAGCCAAACCACUGCGCAGGCCUCAAGGGUAUAGGGAGCCUCAAACACAGCGUGCCAUGGGCGAUGCGUCCUGUGGGGCGGCAGCACACACUGACAGCACAUUGGUGCAAGAGGCUCCACCCAGACGAGUACAAUUCUAACGUUGGCCACGCGAUGGCGCAGACACACAGGACGUUCCAAAUAUCAGAGGUGGGAUGGGUCCCCAGGUCAGCAGCUCCAAUAGCAUGCGCACAAUGCUGAGUCCUUAGUGCUGAGAUUGGAGCUGCCCAUAAAGGCAGUAACGUUUUGGAUUCACUUCCCGUCUCUGCUGCCGCCACAAUAGACUCUUGCAACCAUUCUGCUCA